GCCCUCCUGUCUUGUCAGCCAUCACGACGGGGGUUACUGCUGUGCUAGCUAGCCUGAGUAAAACCAGGCGCCGUUUUAUAGCUAUUCAGCUAGAUUUUCUCUUUCUUCUAUUUGGCUAAUGUUGGAUAGACAUCAUGGAUUUCAACGAAUUGUUUAGUGAACGAACAUUACAAUUUUCUGACUUUCAGGAGUUUACGUUUCUUCCUGGACAUCAGAAACUGUCUGAGAGAGUGCGGAAGCGAUUGUACUAUGGCCUGGACCAAGACGGCUCUCUAGAUAACCUUUCCUGUCCUGUUACAGAUAUUGCUGUGGAACUCCUUCAGAAAUCUGCCCCUAGCCCAAUUCGAAAACUGCACAAGAAAUAUGCUGCUCAUGUCGCGAGGGAGGCGUGCAUCUCUCCGUGUGCCAUGAUGCUGGCCCUGGUCUACAUCGAAAGGCUACGACACAGGAACCCCGAAUACCUGCAAAAGAUCUCCUCCUCUGACCUCUUUCUUAUCUCCAUGAUGGUUGCCAGCAAAUAUUUGUACGACGAAGGGGAGGAUGAGGAGGUGUUCAAUGACGAGUGGGGGGCUGCUGGGAAACUGGAUGUCCAGACUGUCAACACUCUGGAGAUGAAUUUCCUCGAUGCUAUUGAGUGGAGCCUCUUCACUGAGCCAGGGGACUACUUUGGCAUACUGAAUCAACUAGAAACCAGUAUUGCAGAGAACCAGGGGAUGAAGCGAGGCUGGUUCACCUACACUGACCUCUGUGUGCUUCUGGAGCAGGCGGCGUGGCGACAAGCACUGACAGCCAUCUACCUGCACUUUGCCAAGGUGACCUGCAUGCUGGGGCUGGUGUAUCUGACCAGUGUCGCAGGCCUUAUCGCCACCAGCCUCCCCAGGAGCAACCAGCCCCUGUCCCCAGUCAGCCAAGUCCACCUGCCUAGCUCCAGCCUCUCUCCACCACCACCACUAGGCCUGCUCCCAGUCCCAGAGUCCCCAAGUCCAGCAUCCGACCUCCCUCGCUGCUGCGUCUUGGGCAACGACAGUCACAAACGCAGACCUGGCACUCUCCACACCCACGACAACCACGGCUCGCCAACCACCUCCCAGACCUCUAUUCUGUGUCUAUGGGGCUCUCUCCUCACUUCCCUAAGCCACACUGACCCACACCCCCAGCCUGACACUGAACCAGCCUUGUCCGCCUCCUCUCUGCACUACCCCGGCUGCCCAGUUACAGUGGGGAGCCCCCCUCCUGGCUCCAUCCAGUGCAGCCCAUCGAACACCUCUGCUCCACUACUUGAGCCUGGAACCCCUGGUCACCCCGCAGCACCGUGGCUGGCCCCUGCCCCCCUCCUCUACGGAGCCAUCCCGAUGCUCCUGGACUCCCGCCUGACUGGCAUGGCAACCCUCCGUGUCGGACCCUGCUGCCCACAGUUCAUGCUGCCCAUCGAGAAAGCCCAAUCUCUCCUCAUGCCCAGCUAGACACAGACGGACAAAACAAGCCACUAUCGUUACCCUGCAAUGACUAUGACGCCGGACUCCAAAUUAAACCAACUGAUUUUUCAGAAUGCGUCCGUUGCAGUGAAAGGAUUGAUUUUGUUUUGUAUGUGCAUUUUUUUUUGUGCAUAUACUGUCUAAAUUUGAGAUAAGGCCCCCUAAAGGUGAGUACAAAAUGUGCUACAGUGGUUUGCCAGCUGAAUUGGUGUAAAUAAGUGAGAUGAACUCAUAACCGCGUGAGAUCUGAGUUCUGUGCUCAGACCCUCGUAUCUUUUCUAACGUAUCUUUUUCAAAGGAGGUUGGAUCACAUCGCUUUACAAUGGGUGUUUCCAAAGUCAAGGAGGUGUUUGAGGUCUAGAAGGUGUGUACAUGGCAAACUAAUCUUUCUUGUUUGGCUUUAAAAAAGACAACAUGUCUAAGCAUAGCUACCAUACACACACAGCGUUUGUUACUACCUAGUCUUUGGCCUGGGUACCAGAUUUGUUUGUCAUCAUUCCACUCACACUCCAUGUUUGGCAUGACAAAAUGGCAUGAUGGAAGAAACAGACUGGUACCCAGGCUACCUACUCUUUACCUAUGCUUGAAAAUGGGGGCUUGUGGGAGUUGGGCUAAGUGAAGUUUUUAGUUGGAAGAGUUAAGUUUUGAUGUGACAUCAUAGCUAUUUGAGAAUGUGUUGAGAAAGUAAGUUGUCUCCACAAAAGCAAGGCUGCUUUCUAAGUCAGUACUGUACUGUAGCGCUUUAAGAAGGGAGGCAAUUUAGUCUGGUCCCAGAUCUGUUUGUGCUCUUGCCAACUCUAUUGCUGUCCUUGUCAAACCAAACAUUGCAUGACAAUGAGUGAGAAGCAGUUGGAUUGAUGGCACAAACAGACUUACACUCAAGCUAGAGACAACUAGCCUACAUUUGAUUUGCCAUGGAGUUUUUGGGUUAUUAUUCUCUCAUUUACUGUAGUUGUUAUUUUUUUAAAUGUCAACAUAUUUUUGCACAGAUGGCUACUGGUCCCUGCACUGAACAAUAGUAGAGAUGUAAUGCUUUUUUAUUCCAGUGAAAAAACAGUAAACAUUGAAUUCAUAUCUCGGUUUGGCUGCCCCUCAAGUCGUGUUCAUUAGGGCACAUCAUAGCGAAAUGCUUUACACCACUUCGCAAUAGUAAACAAAAAUAUAAGUUUCUUAUUGGACAAGGUCAGAGAGACCCCCCCCCCUUUUUGGGGGGGACAUUUUGUUUCAUUUUCUGCCUACUGAACAUGACCCUAAACUCAGAUAGCACUGGGGGACAGAUGGAACUCUAAAUAUUUAUUUUACCAUGAUGGAAUGCAGUGGCGAUCUCUAAUUUCAUGUUUGUACAACAGAAUGCCACGCAACUGAAAUGGGUCAUAACCAGUUUACUGUUUUGAUGUUUUUUAAAUGAGUUUUGAAUAUGAUUGAAAAUGUAUCUAAUGAAUGUGAUUUUCAUCCAAUUACCCUUUUCAUGGAAACAGUUGUAUUGUGCAAAACAUCACUUUUUUUAAGUAGAAAUGUCUGUUUUUUAAUUUAUGCAAUUAAUUAGUAUCCCUCUUUAACAUACCCAUUUGGUUGGGGAGACCUGACAACAUUAAAAACCACUCAAUCACUUGCAUACAAUUUGUCUUCUUCACCCGCUCAAAAUUGGAAAAUGUCUUCUUUCUCCAUAGAUUUACUUGAAUGGGGAUGUAAAUUCUAGUAAUACUAUUUCAGUCUCUCAUCCCUGAAACAGUUGGCUCUUCUCAUAUUGUUCUACUCAAGAUUGAAGGUUCUUGCUAGGGAAUUUGAUAUUUGUACAUAUGACUUGGUUUUACAUUGACACCUUUCUUACAAAGCCAGGAGGCACUGUGGUCCCUAGGACAUGAACUCAUGAAGUUUGGCUUUUGUUGAAUUGCUGAAAACAUCUAAAUAAAUAAAACCUUUUUUUUUUUUUUUAUAAAACAUUUUUCAAAUCAGACUUAGAUUUUGAAGCACAAUAUCCUUAAAUUUUGUAAACAAUGUGUAGAAAUCUGUUUAAAAAGUAAUAAUAAUAAAAUGCUUGACUCUUAACCCCAAAAAA